AUGAAAGUAAUUUUUUGGAAUCUUAGAGGCCUUAAAAGACAAAAGGCCAAAGAUAAACUUUACAAUUUAGUCAAUUCAAAUAAUCCUUCUCUGGUUUGGGUUACAGAACCUAAAAUUAAGUUUAAGAAAAAUAUUAGUAAACUUCCUGGUAUGAAUUACAAGAUUAUUCAUAAUGCUUCUGAUGAUAAAAAUAUAGCUAAUAUUUGGUUGUUCUGGAAUUGUACAAUUAGUCCUCCUUCAGUUAUUGCUUCUUCUAGGCAAUGUAUUACAGUUGAAAUAGGUAGAGUUUUGGUUACUGGAGUUCAUGCAAAUUCAUAUACUGUGAAUAGAAGAGAAUUAUGGCAAGAAUUAUGUGAUAUUAGUUUAUUAAAUAAGUCACGACUGUUAUUGGGUGAUUUCAACUCUGUUUUAUCUGUGAAUGAGAAGAAAGGUGGUAGAUGUCCUUUGUAUGCUGCUAUGAGAGACUAUCAGGAUUGUGUGAACUUCUGUGGCCUUAUUCAAGCACCUAAAAGUGGCCUUGAAUUUUCCUGGUGUAAUGGUAGAGCUGGUUCAAAAAGGAUUCUUUGUAAUUUAGACAGAGCUUUCUUUAACUUGAAAUGGCUAGAUUUUUUCAAUGGUUGGCAUUAUCAUGUGGGCACUAGGGGUAUUUCUGAUCAUGCUUAUCUUAUUGGAUCUGAUACUAUAAUUCCUAGAGCUACUAACAUUCCUUUUAGAUUUCAGAAGAUGUGGCUCUCUCAUCCUUCUUUUAUGAAAGUGGUGUUAAACUCCUGGAAUGAAGAAUUAGUUGGAAAUCCUAUUUUUGUUUUCAUGAAUAAAAUUAAAAGGCUCAAAAAGAUUUUUAAAAUAUGGAAUUGGGAGGUUUUUGGUGAUGUGAAAGUUAAUCUUACAACUGCUGAAGAAAAAGUUAUGGCUACUACCUUAGCAUCUGAUAAUAAUCCUUCUGAUAUUAAUCUGUUAAACAAGUUGGUAACUGCUAGAGGUGAAUAUGAUAUUGCUACAAACAAUUAUCAUACUUUUCUGAGAGAUAAAGCUAGACAUAAUUGGAUUCAACAGGAUGAUAAUUGUCUUUUAGAACAAAUUCCUGAUGUGGAUGAAAUAAAAACAACUGUUUUUGAGCUUAAUCAAGAUGGUGCUCCAGGUCCAGAUGGAUUCACUGGUGUCUUUUAUAGAGCAACUUUGGACAUCAUCAGCUAUAAUUUGGUGGAUGCUAUUCAGUUUUGUUGGCAGAAUAACUUGAUUCCUAGUGGUAUGAAUUCAUAUUUCCUUGUUUUAAUUCCUAAACUUAAAGGUGCCAAAAAUGCAAAAAAUUUCAGACCUAUUGGAUUAAGUAAUUUUUGUUUAAAGAUUAUCACCAAGAUUAUUACUGUGAGACUUAGCAAACUUAUGCAUAAAAUUAUCUCUCCACAGCAAUUUGCAUUUAUUAAGGGUAGGAAUAUUCAUGAACAAGCUCUUCUAGCUUCUGAGUUAGUUAAUGAAAUGUCUACUACUAGAAGAGGAGGGAAUUUGAGUCUCAAGUUGGAUAUAUCACAAGCUUAUGAUACUAUGAGCUGGGAAUUCCUUUAUAGAACUAUGAAGAAACUUGGUUUUUCAGCAAAAUUUUGUAACUGUAUCCUAGUGCUUAAAUCUUCAAAAAUCUCUAUUAUGUUAAAUGGUGGACCAAUUGGAUUUUUUGGCAUUGGCAGAGGCCUCAAGCACCCCCUCUCCCCCAUACUCUUUAUAAUUGCUGAAGAUGUCCUUAGUAGAAAUAUCCAGAAAAUGGUCAUUGAGCAUAAAAUUCAACCAAUGGUGGUUAGAAAUGGAUUUCAUCCUACACACUUACUCUUUGCUGAUGAUAUAUUACUAUUUUGUAAUGGGAGUAAGAGAAGUAUUACUAAUCUGAAAUCUCUACUUGUUGAUUAUCAAGCUGCUUCUGGUCAAAUUAUAAAUGCUGAUAAAAGUAAAUGCUUUGUCCAUGGUACUUCUGAUACAAGGAGAAGACAAAUUGCUGCCUUUUUCCAUAUGAAUCUGUCUUGCUACCCAGAUAAAUAUUUGGGGGUAAUGUUGGUGCAGGGAAAAAUUAAAUCUAUUCAUUUAUGGCAUCUAGUGGAAUACAUGCAAUCUAGCCUCACUGCUUGGAGUGGUAGAUUAUUAAAUUUCCAGGCAAGACUUACUCUAGUUAAACAUGUUCUUUGCAGUAUUCCUGUGUAUAAUAUGUCUAUUUACAGAUGGCCAAGGAAAGUUAUUGCUGCUUGUGAAAGGAUUAUUAGGAAUUAUCUUUGGUCAGGAAAUGCUGAUGAACAAAAAUGUGUAACUUUGAAAUGGAAAAAAGUCUGUUCUCCUAUGGAAGAAGGUGGUCUUGGAAUUAGAAAACUUUAA